UUUGCGUGGUUUUUUAACAUUUGAAAACUCAUAAUUCUUAUCUUCACACAUAGUGCUAGUGCGCUGGGCCUGCAUCUGUGGCCUCUCUCUUCCUCAUCCUCAUAUUUCAUUCACUUUGUGGGUCAAAAUGUCUUCUCUCUUCUUCUCUUCUUUUAUUAAUUAAUUACAGAAAUUGUCAGUUUCUAAAUCAGUGCUAGCAGAGAGAAAGAGAAUAUAACUAUAUAAGGCGGAUCACUCAACAAACCAAUGGGUCUACAGCUGUCCCUGACAUGAUGAAAUCUUAGUUUACUAAGUUGUCCAUUUGAGCUAAGCAAUAAGCAUCCAUUUAAUAAAAUUGCGACGUGGUGUGAGGACCAGCAGUAUAAUUUUCCUUCAGCAAAGCAAGUUGCGGUUGUGGAUGUGUUGCUGAGAUGUUCAGACAUUUUCUGUCCUUUUCUGGUUGGUUCUAAUAGGGAUCUUCCUCCUCAUCGACAUUCAAUUAAUUCCAAUUUUUGGUAUUGUUACAAUAGCCUCAUAUUUAAAUACUAACUGCCAAAUAGGGCCAAAUAAAUGUCAGUGACUGAUUCCAUAUUUAAGAACUUGUGCUCCAUAGUCCAGCAAAAUACGUAAGUGUGUUUUUGGAUUCUGUUGUAGUAUUUGGACCCAUCAAACAAUGAAGGCAAGGAGAGGAAAACGCUCAGAGGCUUUCUGGCCUUCCAUUGUGAUGAAAAAAUGGUUAAACAUCAAGCCUAAGGUGAAUGAUUUUAGUGAAGAUGAAGUGGACACUGAAACUGAAAGUGAAGAUGAUGCUUGUUCAAUUAGAGGCUCAAGAAUGUGUGUGCGUGAAGAUAAUCCACAUCCACUUAGAACAGAAGGGGUUCAAUCCAUAUUCCCAAGUGUAACAUCAGAUGCAUCUCCUUGUAAGGGCCGCAAGACAAGACACAGAAGAGGAAAAUCAGAAACUCUGCGUGCUCAGUACAUAAACACGAAGGAAAUGAGGGUAACAAUUGGCACAUGGAAUGUUGCUGGAAGACAUCCAUGUGAGGAUCUUGAGAUUGAUGACUGGCUUUGUACCGAAGACCCAGCUGAUAUUUACAUUAUUGGUUUCCAGGAGGUAGUUCCAUUGAAUGCUGGAAAUGUGUUAGGAGCAGAAGAUAAUACACCUAUCCCAAAAUGGGAGGCAAUCAUUCGAAGAUCUCUAAACAAAUCUUCUGAGCCUGACAGUAAACAUAAAAGCUACAGUGCCCCCCCUUCUCCAGUGUUAAGAACUUCUUCUGCUGCUGAUCUUCUUGCAGAUACUAUAGAUGCUGAUAAUCCAAUUCCAAUAGAUAUGAUGAUUGAGGAGUAUGUAGCAACAGUUGAUAAUAAUGAGAUGGAACAGCAGGAAGUGAAAAGCAUAAUUGAUAUAGAGAAUAACCUACAGUUGAGGAGAAUAUAUGGAAUUGAUAUUGACUGGCCUGAACAUUCAUUAGAUGCAGUCCCCCAAAUUGUUGAUUCCAAUUCAAAGUUGCGGAGAGUACUAAGCAGCUCAGCCAGAAUUGGAUUUAGCAGAGCUGAGAGUGGUUUGGUAUAUGGUGUUGGAUUGAAACGUUCACACCACAGUUCUGGAAAUUUGGGCUUGUUAUGGCAACAACAACAAGGGAUACCUGAAGUAGUUGAUUCCUUAGAAGAUGUCUCUGAUGUGCUAUCAGCUGAGGAUGGUGAUACUUUUAUUGUACCAAAUAACGAAGAUGAUGAUGAAUUUGGUACCACAGAAUCUUGUCCAAGUCCAAGGUAUGUCCGGAUUGUGAGCAAGCAAAUGGUAGGGAUAUAUGUAUCUGUUUGGGUUCAGAGGAGGUUGAGAAGGCACAUUAACAAUUUGAAAGUUUCCCCGGUUGGAGUUGGACUUAUGGGCUACAUGGGAAACAAGGGGUCAGUUUCCAUUAGUAUGUCUCUCUUUCAGUCACGUAUGUGCUUUGUUUGUUCCCAUUUGACUUCUGGUCAGAAGGAAGGGGCUGAACAUAGGCGAAACUCUGAUGUUCAUGAAAUUCUAAGACGCACUUGCUUCUCAUCAUCUGUCUUCGAUGCAGAUCAACCACAAACAAUCCCAUCUCAUGACCAGAUUUUCUGGUUCGGGGAUUUGAAUUAUCGUAUCAAUAUGUUGGAUGCUGAGGUUAGAAAAUUGGUUGCUCUAAAGAAGUGGGAUGAGUUGAAGAAUUAUGAUCAGCUAAGCAAAGAAUUGCGUAUGGGGCAUGUAUUUGAUGGAUGGAAAGAGGGGUUGAUAAACUUCCCACCCACUUACAAGUAUGAAAUUAACUCUGAUAGAUAUGUUGGUGAGAGGCCAAAAGAAGGGGAAAAAAGAAGAUCUCCAGCCUGGUGUGAUCGUAUAUUGUGGCUAGGCAAAGGAAUAAAACAACUACAAUAUGGACGUGCAGAAAUUAAGCUCUCGGAUCAUAGACCAGUUAGUUCAGCCUUCUUGGUUGAAGUUGAAGUAUUCGACCAUCGCAAGCUAAAGAGAGCUCUAAAUUUCACUAGGGCAGCAGUACACCCAGAGAUCUUCCUUGAUGAAGAUGGAGAAAUAUAAUCAUGUUAGACAUUCAUCGUGGUACUAUCAUAUUAAACACUGGUGUUAAAAUCUUGGCUGUCAUUGAAGUCAUAUUGCGAAUGAGAGACAACUGAACUGGUGUACUCUCUUCUAAACUGAGCCUCAAGAUAUCAAAUUCAAGGAGCACUCUUCUCAAGUUAGCUAAGAGCGAAGAAUCCAUCGUGAGGUGAUUAACUGAGAUAUCAAGCAUUUUGCCAAUCUAUUUUGGCAUAGGAAGCCAUUGAGAUAGUUAUAACAGUAAACUGUAUAUAGUCAUACAAAAGGAUGGUUUAUUUUUAUUUUUUUCUUUUGAUACCUAGUAAACAAUCAUUAUUCGAUUUUGGCCUCAUCAGUCGCGUGUGUCCCAUUUAUUUUAUAUUUUUGGACAAUAAACAAUUGGGGUGGGUGGUUUUUCUGUAACAGUGCACAGGUUCUAUGUAAACUAAUAUUGAUUUGAGCAUUGAUUUUCAUGUAUUAAUGACCUUGGCUGGUUUCAGCCCGAUUGUUGCAAAUUACAUAUUACCACUUUGCUUGACA